AAAUAUACGUACACAGUCCAAAAAAGAUCAACGUAUAUAUUGCCUCGCAAAGGUCAAAAAAUAAAUUUAAAUUGUGAUGAUAAAAUAAAUAAGUACGUCAACAAAAAAAAAAUGGACAGUGCGAUAAAGUGACGUGUAACUUUCGCGGAUCGCAGAAAUUUAGCAGUGAAUUUAAUUAACCACUUGAACAUUUUUUUCGCGCAAUGUAUAAAUUAGUCUCAUGGUGUAUGGUACAUUGUAAACACCACAGUAAGAACACGCGUAAAUACUAUAUUGGCACUUGACAAUAUCAACUUAACGAUAUCAGUGAGAAUAGAUUGAAACCGAUUUUAUUAUUAUUACUAAAGCCAGUUUUAGUGUCUUAGCAGUAAUCGAAAGUUGAUAUCGCAUCUUUGCGAACGCGAUACAAAAAAUCCAGAAGAUGUUUGUACAAAUAGUUUGUUGUUUAGUAGGUAGGUAAAUAGUAUUCCGGUGUAAACAUUUUACACGGCAUUCAAAUCAAAUAGAAAGAUAAAACAACCGAAAAGGUUCAAUGUGUUCGUUAUAAAAUCCAAAAAAAAAAAUUAAAAUGAGUAAUAGUGCGGAAACAGUUUUGGUGCCCCCUGAUGGAGGAUGGGGUUGGAUGAUAGUCCUUGGAGUGGCAAUUGUGCAGUUAAAUGCUCGAUCGAUGGAACAAUGUUUUGGAUUAGUAUUUGGGGACAUGUUAGACGACCUGGGUGUUCGUACAACUGGAGCUACUGUGAUAACAAGCACAAUGGACAUACUAAUCAAUUUUUCUGGUAUCCUGACCGGACCUUUAAUCAGAAAAUUUUCAUAUCGUAAAGUUACCGCAGUUGGGGCGUUAUAUGUUGGAAUCGGGCUUAUUCUAACUACAUUUGCCACAAAUGUUUCUCAUAUAAUAAUCACGUACAGUAUUAUCAAUGGUCUCGGUGCAGGCUUGACGACUUCUUCGACUUUUGUAGCCCUUAAUCGGUAUUUCGUGAAAAAGCGUGGAAGGGCUUUCGGUUAUUCUGUAGCCGGAUCAGCACUUGGAAUGGUUCUAAUACCUCAAGCAGCCCAGAUUCUGUUACACCAUUACGGAUUCCGCGGAGCGAUCCUCAUUAUGGGAGGCUUUUCACUUCACGCUCUUGUUGGAGCUUGCUUACUCCAACCAGCCGAAUGGCAUUAUGUUCCUUUAGAACAGGAAUCGCAGAAAAAGCCGAUGGAAACGAUUGCAGAAGAAGAAGGCGAUGAUGAAGAAGCGCAAACCAGAAUUUUAUUAAAUACAGAUUUAGGUCGCGUACCCAAAAAUGCGAGUGAAAAUACGUUUAAAGAUUUUGACACCUUCCAAACGAAAUUUAGAAAAAGCGCAUCAACGAAAAGUUUUGAAGGUUCGAGGAUAAAGAAUAGUGGUAGCGACCAGGAUAUGUCAGCUUAUGGUCAAAUGGACUUAACGGGAUCAACAACGUUUUUAAAUUUUGAGAGUGCAGAUGAUUUGAAAGUUGUGAAGAAACCUCGAAAACGUCACCACAGUGUCGCUGCGAUGGAUGCAUCGGUAAAACCGGAACGUACUAUUAAAGACGUUGUUCUGUCGCCAGAAUUUCAAAAAUUAAAGGAAAAGAAAAAGACUUCGAUUUGGCAGAAGGUUCACAGCUUCAUGGAUUUUGAUAUUCUUCAUGAUCCCGUCUACGUCAACUUAGUUAUAGGCUUGUCACUUUUCUACUCAUCCGAAGGAAACUUUAAGACUGUGAUACCGUUCUUCUUUAGAAACUUAGGAUACGAUACAAAAGGAGUUGCCCUAUUCUUAUCAGUUCAAUCCUUUACCGACAUCUGUGCUAGACUUAUUUUACCCUCAGUACUCGACAGAUUUAAUUUUACGAAAAGACAGCUCUUUUGGGUAGGACUAUUAUUACUAGCAUUGUCUAGAGGAGUUAUGGCUCUCCAAACAGAAUUUAUACCAAUGAUAAUCGUUCUUGCUGUGGCUGGAAUUAUUAGAGGUUUCGUGUUCAUAAACUUUCUUAUAACAAUAUCGGAAGUAGUUCCUAUUGAAAAAUUCCCAGCCGCUAUGGGAUUACAUAUGGUAAUACGAGGAUUUUUUGUAAUAUUCCUGGGCCCCCCUCUCGGAUACAUUCGUGAUGCAACGGGAAGCUAUAAGAUAUGCAUCUUUUCACAAUGUGUAUUAUUAAUAAUAGCUUUUAUUGCAUGGAGUAUUGAAUUCUUUUUGCGAAGUAAAAAGGCAAAGGCCACUGCAGCAUUAGAAGACUCCUAAUAGUCUAGUUUUUUUUAAUUGUUCCCACAUUUUAAUCAAAAUAUUUUAUACAACAAUAAACCAAAGAUUAUAUACUUUG